GUAAAGUAGCUGGUGCAAUCAUUUUUAUUAAUCAUUUCCAAUAACAGUGGUUAUAAUAUCCAUUAUCUUUGUCAAUAUCUUAUCAUAUUUCAUCAAUAACGUUCCAAAAUUUGCUCGUCAUUGUAAAUGACUUGAACAUUCUAAAAAUCAUACUUACAGCGUGUGUCCAAAACAAACGAUGAAAAUGCCUGGUAAGCUACGAAAUGAUUCCAGUAAUUCGGUACCUUCAAAAUCAGGUAGUCCUGAAAUUAUCUCAGAUGAAGAACUUGUUUUGAUUCCCGUUAAAGAUCUAAACAAGCUUUUAAAGUUGAAAAGGUAUUCCAAGGCAGAAAUAAACAGCAUGAAACAAAAAAGACGAACUCUUAAAAAUAGAGGAUACGCAGCUUCAUGUCGAAUAAAAAAAAUUGAACAGAAGGAUGAACUUGAAGUUAAAAAGACUGCAGAGUGGUCUGAAAUGGAGGAAAUGCAAGACGAAACCAGAAAUUUUAAAAAGGAAUGUGAUACCAUCUCAUUACAGUAUGAGGCAUUGAAAAAGUUUGCAAUUCACCAUAAAAUUAGUAUACCUCCAGAAUUAGAUGUAUUAGAAGUUAUCUAUGUAAAUACUAAAUAUGGAUUUAAUCCAGAAAGACUUCGAGAAAUAGCAAUAAAGUCUGGACACAUUUAUAACAAUUUGAAAUCUGCAUCAGCCAAACUAAAAGAAUUCGAUAGCUACUUUAAAAUUGAAGAUAUAAUGAAGAAGAUUCACUAUAUUCAAGUAGUAACAGAUGUAGAAUUUAUUGCAGCCAUAAAUAUUUUAGAAAAUUGGUUACAGAUGAACAAAAAUGUAAGAAUUAAGCUUAUUAUUGUGGAUAGUAUUACUGCUCCUAUUAGAUUUGCUGCAAUUGAAAAAAGAGCAGAAAUUCUAAAUAAUGUUCUUUAUAAUCUUAAAUUGUUGGCACAAAGAUACAAUCUGGCUGUGGUAAUUACAAACGAAAUGACUACAAAAAUUUCCUCAGUUAACGAAAUAUCAACAGUACCUUCAUUUGGAAGUAGCUACUAUCACAAAGUAAACACUAGAAUUCAGUUGUGUAAACUAUCAAGAGACGUUUUUAAGGCUAUGCUUAUAAAGAGUGCUUCAAAACCUUUUAGAGAAGUUUCCUUCCAACUAGCUUUAUAAAUUCUAUGCCCAUAUACAGUACGUGGAUAGAUAUAGAUUAAUAAAUGAGCUAAUCAAGAAAAUAUUACAAGGGAAGAUGAAGAUACUUCUUUCUACAUCAUUCUAUUUUUUUUUUUUAAUGCAUAAUUAUAAACUACAGUAAUAAAAAUGAGGCGCCAGGGUAGAACUUUAGAUCCCUUAGAUCACAUGUGUACUAAUAAUAUGGGUGCUUAAUUCCCAAAAGCUACUAAUUCUGAUAAGCAGAUUAUCCCUCCAAUCCACACUGGGGUCAGGUCUAAGCAAAGCUAGAGGGUAGAGCAGAAACAAGAAAGCCCUCUUCAGCCUCCUUUUCGGAAUUAUUGGAAUAGGUCAAUUUCUGUGCUCUUUUAAAUCUUGGAGUAUAAAAAUGAAAUGGAUGAUGGACUUGUUCCUUUAUUUUUAGUUAUUAGAUUUUACUUUUGCAUCUUAUAUUACUUGAACACUCCUUAUUCCAUAAUAAUUCACAAUCUCUCUGAAAUGUAUUAUUUUCUUUCUAUAAGCAUUAUUAAUAAAAUGACAACAUAUCUGUGAU